AUGGCAUCGAACAAUCUAAAUGUCACUUUCAACAAUAGUAUUUUACGCCACAACCACUAUCCCAAGUACCUAGGUAUUACAUUGGAUCGCACCCCUUCUUUCAACAAACAUUUAACAAACUUGGCAGCGAAGUUGAGAACUCGCAACAAUAUUCUAUACAAACUGGCGGGGUCGACCUGGGGAGCUGAUGCCUCCACACUACGCACGUCCGCACUCAGCCUGGUCUUUUCUACGGCCGAAUAUUGCGCAUCGGUUUGGCUAAACAGCCCUUACGUUAGUAAAGUGGAUACCGUUCUCAAUCAAACAAUGAGAAUUAUUUCGGGAUCUGUUAAGUCCACACCUAUCGAAUGGCUACCCGUAUUGUGUCAUAUCGAACCACCGAAAAUCCGUAGACAGCAGAUAUUGGUUCGUGAGUUUAAAAAGGUCAGCGAAAACCUAGACCUACCGAUCCAUCAAGACAUCAUAAGAUUCAACCGACUAAAAUCAAGAAAUCCAACUGUAAAAACAGCCCAACAGCUUGUAACCAACAACUUUAAUGGAUAUGAAGAGUGGAUAGCAAGCUGGCAGAGCAGAGCUGAUCCAGCCUGGCACCCCUUACUAGAUCCAAAAAAUCCACCACAGGGUUUCAAUCUGCCCCGUAAAAUUUGGGUUCGAUUAAACAGGAUCCGGACUGGCCAUGGAAGAAGUGGAUCGGCCUUGUUCAAAUGGGGGAUGAGAAUGAGUCCGGAAUGCGAUUGCGGUGCUGCUUCUCAAACAAUGCAUCACAUUGCCUAUGAAUGUCCGACUAGGAGAUUUUCUGGCACAACUUCUGACUUUUUGCAUGCAACAGCGCGGUCCAUCCAAUGGCUUAACCAACUAGAUAUCGAGCUGUGA